UGUACAGAAUAUGUUAGUAUUGUUGUUCAUGGUUAAUUCCUAUCUUUGUAUCUUAACAAUUAAUUUUGAAAUCGAUAUCUAGUAUUUUCACAAAUUUUUUUUUCAGGAUCUAUGGAAGACGAAACGAACUUAAUAUCAAGCACGACGAACGUAACGGUUGGUGAUUGUGAUUCAAGCGGAAGCAAUCAUCUAUUACCUAAAAAGCGAAACAUUAAUAAUGCACGUGAGGGAAAAUGUUGCAUUUCAGGUUCAAAAUUCAAAGGUGUAGUAGGGCAAAAUAAUGGUCAUUGGGGAGCUCAAAUAUAUGCAAAUCAUCAAAGAAUUUGGCUUGGUACUUUUAAAACUGAAACAGAUGCAGCAAUGGCUUAUGAUAGUGCUGCUAUUAGACUUCUUGGACCAGAUCAUUCACAUAGAAAUUUGUCAUGGACAAAUUCAACAAUUCAAGAACCUAAUUUUCAGACACAAUUUUCAACUGAAGAUAUUCUAAGAAUGAUCAAAGAAGGUUCUUAUACUUCAAGGUUUGAUGAGUAUUUGAAAGACAAAUUUGAAGAUCAUUUUCAAUCUUUGAAAAACUUACAAAAAGUGAAUGAGGGUAAUGCUGAAUUUUCCUACAAGCAGCUUUUCCAGAAAGAGCUAACUCCAAGUGAUGUUGGAAAGCUUAAUAGGCUUGUGAUCCCAAAGAAAUAUGCAACAAAGUAUUUCCCUCAAAUUCAAGACGAGGAAAUGAUCUUUUAUGAUACAUCGAGGAGAUUAUGGAAGUUCAGGUAUUGUUAUUGGAAAAGUAGUCAAAGUUUUGUUUUCACAAAGGGUUGGAACAAGUUUGUGAAAGAUAAAGGUUUAAGAGCAAAAGAUACGAUUGUUUUCAACUUGUGUGAAUUCAAGAACGGAACGAAAGAGAAUUGCAAUGCAUUUGUGAUUGAUGUUGUGAAGAGUAUUGAUGGUGUGCCUAUGAAUUUAGCACUCAAUCAUCAUGAACAAGAAGAAACUAUUGAUGAUCAUGAAGUGGACACACAAGAAUUCACUAAGGCACAACCAUUUGAUGAUGAUUUGGUACCUGUUUGGCUUUUUGGGAAGCAAAUAGGUUGGAUGGAGACAAAAGGAGCAAUGGAGUUUAAUUAAUGUUCAUCGAUAGCGUAAAUAAUUUUUCAAAGGAAUAUGUAGGAUAAAACAUCGCAGAACCCCCUUAUAUUUCUAUUAUUUUUUUGUUGUAUCAGAUAAUUGUUUUAUUUUCAAGAAACGAAUCUCACCUUUUUAGAGAGAUUAUCGAUGGAUUUUAAUUAUUUUCUUUUAAUCUCAUAGUGAAAUUUUUAUCUAAUAUUAUUCGUGUACAUAAGUUUUGAGAUUUUUUUUAUUUUUAUUUUUUGCUUAUUUACUUGAAAAAAGAAAAACUCAUUUAUUUUUCAAAACAAUGUUUUUCAUGGAAAACAUUAAUGUCAUAGUUGGGUAGUGACAAUUGCCUUUUAUGGGAGGUAAUGAGUUUUAAAAGCAUUAAUUAUUUUGUCUUGUAUGACUUGUUAUUGAAUAUUUAUUAGACUUAUAGUGACAUUAAGAAAUUAAUUAUAAUAUUUUAAUCAUGCAUGUGGUGACUGGUGAUCAUAGAAAAGAACCUUUAAGUUGAUGUACACUUUCUCCAGCUA